UGGCUACGCUGGCUUCCGAGUGGGGGAGUCUUGUGUGCGGGUCGCGGCUGCUGGUUGUGGUUGGUUGGUGGUGGAGGUGGUAAGCAAGAAGCCUGUUUCGGUGAAAAUAUUUCAAAUAAAUGUUGCCACAAUUAAAGUGAUUCUUGUCCCCCCCUCCCCAAGCGUUCGCGUGCGGAUAAUGGCGCUCGAGUCUCGGCUGGCGCUGGACACGGCUCAGCAGGAGCCGGAUAAACACAUUGACAGAGAAAAGACGUGCCCGCUUCUGCUGCGCGUGUUCACGAGUAAAACCGGGCGUCACCACCGCACGGACGAGUUCGCCCGUGGCAGCGCUCCCACCUCCGAGCUUCAGAUUUACACGUGGUUGGAUGCCACACUGAAGGAGCUGACCAGCCUGGUGAAGGAGGUGAACCCAGAGGCGCGCAGGAAGGGAACUCACUUUAGCUUUGCCAUUGUCUACCCAGACCCCAAGCGGCCCGUGUACAGGGUACGGGAGAUCGGCAGCACGAUCGCCGGCCGCAAGGGUGCGGACGACAUCAUGACGCUGCAGUCGCAGAAGUUUCAGAUCGGCGACUUUCUGGACAUUGCCAUCACGCUCGCGGGACGUGGGCCUCCCCUGCCCAGCCGCAUGCUGCGUCCGUAUUAGAGCUUCUUCUCGCGGUGUAACUUCACCGCUGGGGGCUCGGCGUGAAUCAAAAUGUUAAUUUUAUUUUUUAUUACUGUCAACUCUCCGUUGCUGGUGACGCGGCCGAGUGGCGGCGCGUCUUGCCGCUCGUCGCAGAGAUAUGCGGUUCAAGGCCAGCGGCCGCCCUGGUUAAUACCGCGCGGGUGUCUUGACGGUGUGCGCCGUCCGCUUGGCAGUUGACGGUAAAAAUAUGGUGACGGUAUUCGAAAACGAGUAGGCCGUGCGUGUGUGUCGGCGUCACGGUCCAAAAAUGUGACAAGUUGCCGACAGUUCGCUUGAGUAAAACCGGGCAGCCACCAUUGCGCUGGUCUUGACUAAGGCCCUUGUGCUGUAGGAAUGGAGUGAACGCCGAAUGUUCCCGUGAUUUAUCCGUGGUAGCGCAAGUGGGGGAGUGUCCCUGAAAGAACAAAUACGCGGACAUUGCGAACCAAUACGGAACAAUGAGAACUGGAUUGGAUGCGUUCUGCGAGGAAGGCACGGUUUGAUGACGAAGGACGUUACAGAAGGCCCAACGGAAGAGUUGUGGGAUGCUGUUCGCGUGAAUGACGCGAAAUGCAAUGAAAGUAUUAUUCUUAAGAGGACAGAGCGAGAGGAAGGCCCAGGAUCGGAAUAUCGGAGGUGCUGAAGAGGAGGAGGGGGGGGGCCACGUUUGUGUAAACGACGAGAAAGGCAGCGGACGGAGGACGAUGGAGGAGAUGGCAGCCGAGGAGCCCGUUAAGGCAGAGCGCCACAGCAGAACGUGGAUCGGUGGUGACGAUGACUUGUGUCUGCUGAUUCCGGCUGCAGACAAAGUCAGCGAUUGCGGGAGCCGCAAGUGGACAUCUGGCCAGAGUUUUGCAAACCGGAGCACACGCUCAAGGCGCGAGUGUAGUAUUCUCCGCGAGCACGGAGGGUGAUGUUUGCCGUUGGUUUGCUCUUUGGCAAGCGCGUAAUUAAUUCGCGCGUGAAUUCUUUCGAAUUUGGCACGGGGGGCGCGCUUGCCCUUUUGAGAAUAACGUCACGGGACCUUUAACGCCCUCUGUGACGCAGGCAGUACACGCUGGGUGCACACACACCCUUCGUAUACGUGCGUCUGCAGCGACACCCGGCAGGGGUGUGACGAUUCGCCCCGCCGUGCGAUGCAAUGCACGCUUGUAGAAUCUUAAGGGGUGUGCGAAUCUAUAAAUUAUACAAUGGUGUGAUUUAAUUCUAGAUUUGAAGUUUUCGUGACUGCAAGGAUCCUCCCAGCCCCUCCCCACCCAGCCCCACCCAGCCCCUCCCUCCCCACCUAGCCCCUCCCUGCACGACGGACGGACGGAUACAAUAAUCCCCUGUGGGCUGGUGUAAACAGGAGGUUCCUACCAGUAUUAGAGUUCAUACAUUGGUUAUGUUAAGGUGCGGGUAGCUUUUUUUAAGUGAGUACUAUACCGGGUUUUGGAGUGGUUGUGCAGCGGUGAGCGCACUGCACUUUGAACCUGACCGACGACCUGAAUUUCAUCGCCGGCCCAAGUGGUGAAGUAUGGUCAAACAAUCUUCAUGACCUACCAUGCUUUGGGGGGAGGGGGGGUCAGUGGCUUUCAUCCAACAAAUUUACAGGACUGUAAAUAAUUGUUAUUACGAAGGCUUUAAUUACACGUUUCAUUAUUAUCGUUUGUACGAAUUCAGCACCGGUGGAUCAUGUAAAUAUUUUACUGUUAGUGGAAACGCGCAAAUGUGUUUUUUUUUGUAAGUGUUGGUAGAUUCUUGAUUGUCAUUGUGUCAAAUUUUAGUUUUAAUGACGGAACAGUCGCCUUUCGCUGGGUCAGCGUUCCGGCUACACGGCGCGCCUGGAUGCACCUGGGUCAGCGGGCUUCGUGAACCAUAAACCACGUGUCCCUUGUUCUCUUGACGUCAGUCUUCGACUAAUAAAGCAAUGCACAAGAGGCGUUAUGCACGGAGCGCAAGGCGACAGCUGUGAAACUUAUUGCCGACAGUGGAAACGAUUGCAUGCUGAAGUAGCAUUACGUGAAGCGAGUUCUAGUGCUGCUAGUUAAUAAAAAUAAUUUUUCUUUCAAUAAAACACAACGGGCGUCUCCUUGGUACAAUGUAAGCAAAAACAUCCUAAACAGCGACGAACUCGAAGGUCUGAUGGGCGUAUUUCGGGGUUUGAAAUCAGCGUGUCGUUUGGCACGAUGUCCGACGUUUCGCGCCACGUGCUAGGUGAGCGUGGUACAGCCCGGAAGUACACCGCGCAGAGCUGUGUAGCCACCGGACCGCGACAAGC